CUCGAGGUUGUGCGGCGACCGGCCCUCAAGUAAUUCGCGCGGAGUGUGAGGACUUUUUUUCGCGGAGAAUUCGCGGGAGUUGAGGCGACAGCAUCGACUGCGGAAAAGCGAAACGUCAUGUCGGCGCUCGUGCGGCGCAUGAGUGCCUUGCUCAUACAGCCGAAGGGCUCCCUGCUCCGUUUUUCGGCCGUCGCUGAGAAGAGCGACGUGAAGCAAAGUGGCGAUGUAGAAAAGAAGAGCGACAAGACGCGGAGAGAGAAACAGAAUUUCACUAAUGUCGAAGGUCUCAAGCAGUUCUUCGAUGAGGAUAAUUUCUUCGAAGACAGAGUCCGGAGCGGUCGCAGUUGGAAUCUCGACGAGCUUCGGAUAAAAUCGAACUCAGAUCUACACAAACUCUGGUAUGUUCUUCUGAAGGAGAAAAACAUGUUACUGACGCUGCAGGCCGCCGCAAAGGAAGCCGUCGAAGUUAUGCCCAACGAGGAACGGAUCGAUCGCGUGGAGAUCUCGAUGGAGAAUCUGGAGUUGGUCGUUCGAGAAAGAAACAAGGCGUACUUCGACCUGGAGGUCGGGGAGACCGGCGAGCAGCCCGUUUUUGUCCACACCAACUGGAUGGGCCUACAGACUUUGCGCGUUGCGACUCCACACUAUUUACCGCAGAGAUACAACAAGAGUUUCAACGAGAGGCAUCCGUUGCCGUUCAACGAUCGGAACCAAAGCUGGUUCCUCAAUCACUACAGGGAGAAGAGGUCGGCUCUGAAACGCCGAGAAUCGAAUCGCGCCACGCGUCACGUAUGUCGCCUCCUCAGACGAAAUCCCAAUGCGGACAUUGACGCUCUGAGAGAACGCUACCCAACAGUGGAUGUCGACGCAGAGAAAGCAAGGUUGCAUUACAAGGGGGAAAUCUGAACUGUCUACAACAUCAAAUAAAAUAGUUCUCAGUGAU